GGUACCGCACCAUCGUUAUGAGUCCAACUGGAGAGAGUGAGGGGAAGGGGAGCGACGCAUUAUUGCAGUAUAGUGCCAUCACACAAACACACUAACGAAAUUAGCGCACUAACCCACAAACCGACACACACAGAUACGCUUCCACACACUCGCCGGGAGAGGGGGAACAACGGUGGUGUUAGAUAAUUCUGAAAUUAGACCACCGGAAAAUAGUGAAAUUAUAUAAUUGGGUAAUCUAAAGGAACAUGAAAUCAGUUGUGUUUAGUUUUGAAGGGGAACGUGCAACCUAAACCAUUGGUGUGAUUUUGAGCAUCUCGACUCAGCAUUCUUGGAAUAUCACGACUUCUCUUGCAUAGAUUUAUUAUCUAAAGAAAUUCGCCAAGCAUCCUUGGAUUUAUCUCUUAUGGAUUUUACGAACUGAAAUUGAGAAUCUGUGCAUCAGCCGUAUUCACUUUCAACCUCUUGUUCCGCUGCCUUUCUUCGAGCGAAUUAUUACCCGACACUUGCCUGGGUAUUGCAGUACUUUGUGGAUGACUUGCGGUGCUAAAGCAUUGCUUUGAGGUUACUGCAUCAGCUUCUGCAUCCGUUUGUUAUUAACGCAUCAAUUUAAUCAGUCGAGUCUCUGAGGUUCUGGACAUCUUUGGACGACAGCAGAGAUUUUUCACCGUUGCGUUUUUGUGAUUUCGCUUUUUACAUUUUUGACUCCCCUACCCCCACCGCUCACUGACAGUGAGUCAGUUCCAAGCAGCUGCAUAGAAGAUGUCUGCCCCAGACGCUGCUCCCCCAGCUGGACCUCCCGGAGCCCCAGGGGCCCCAGGAGCAGAUGGAGCCCCAGGUGGAGGGCCCCCACCCCCUCCUCCCAACACCUCCAGCAACCGCAGGCUACAACAGACACAGGCCCAAGUGGAGGAGGUGGUGGAUAUUAUGCGGGUGAAUGUGGACAAGGUUCUGGAGAGGGACCAGAAGCUGUCGGAGCUGGAUGACAGAGCGGAUGCUCUCCAGGCCGGGGCCUCCCAGUUCGAGAGCUGUGCAGCCAAACUCAAGAGCAAAUACUGGUGGAAAAACGCAAAGAUGAUGAUCAUUAUGGGUAUCAUUGGAGUUCUUGUGGUCGGAGUCCUUUUCUUGUACUUCUUCUAUUGAGUAAUCCCAGCGUGGCAGGACAGACAUGAGAGCGGAAUAGAAGAGAAGAAGAAAAGUAAAUCGACCCAGAUCCAAACUCCAGUCCCGUCCCCUUUAUCCUCCACACCAGGUCUUCCAUCUAGCACUUAAACAUGACGCUAGUGUGUAGAUGUUGUUGCUCUCUUUUCUCUUCGUCCUCCUGCCCUUCUUUUUGAUCCAUCUUUCUUCCUCUGUUUUGGCGUGCUGUCUCACUCACUCUCUCCUGCCUCUGCGUCUCAUACAUUAUUGAAGUGUGCAGUAGGGAAAGAGAGAGCAGGAAGGGAAUGAAGGAGGGACGAGAUAAGAAACCCCCUGUGACACAGGGACAGAGAGGACAGGAGCAUACUGUAGGGAAAGAGAGAGAGAGAGAGAGAAAAAGCAGGAAGAAGUGAAAGAGAGAGAGAGAGAGAAAGAAAGCAGGAAGGAGAGAGAGAGAGAGAGAGAGAGAGAGAGAGAGAGAGAGAGAGAGAGAGAGAGAGAGAGAGAGAGAGAGAGAGAGAGAGAGAGAGAGAGAGAGAGAGAGAGAGAGAAAGCAGGAAGAAGUGAAAGAGAGAGAGCAUGGAGAGAGAGAGGGAGUGCAAAGAGAGAGCAGCAGAGAAGCAGUUCUUUCUAUCCAGAUACGCCAAAGCUUGUUCGUGUUACCUUUUGGAGAGCGUACCACAUUUGUAAAUUGAUACUGACAUACAGUACCUAACAACCCCUCCUGAUCCCCUACCUCAUACCACUACCAUUAUAAACACUACUUACUAAUACAAGGUCAUGUUUAAGAGUAUGAUCAUUUUGUCAUGUGUGUGUACUUGUGAUCCAAAUCAGUGUAGCCAGUAGCUUUUUCCAGGGUUAGUUGAUGUAGGCCUUGACGGGCAUUCCUGCCUUUUCCUUUACCUCCCUCUUCCUCUCACUCGCUGACUGUGGUAUUUAAGAGAGAGAGAGAGAGAGAGAGAGAAUAAGAAAAGCCAGGAAGGAUACUGGAAAAGGCAGAAACCACUUUUGGGACACUGACUUUUAGUAUAUCUAUAUUCUUGUACCACAGACAGACAGACGGACAGUUAGCUAGAUUGACAUUGACAGACAGAAACAGUCUGUACCUACAAAGACUAUUCUUUCAGGAGUGCAGACAAAAGUCUAUAGAGUAUUAACUCUGGACACACCUAAAGGCAGGUCUGUGUAAUAACACUGCAUAGUACAUUUUUGAU